AUGUCUUCCAAUCCAAGUAUCAACCUAUUUACCUGGCUCACUGCCAACGGGAUUAAAGUGUCUAUUACACUCGAAGAGCUGUCCAUACCAUAUCAGGUCACGGAGGUGGAAAUCUCAACCAAUGCUCAGAAAGAGCCUUGGUUCAUCAAGAUCAAUCCCAAUGGCCGGAUUCCGGCUAUCUUAGAUGAUGGGCAGCGAGUUUUUGAGAGCGGUGCAAUUCUGUUGUAUCUGGCGGAUAAGUACGACUCUGAAGGCAAAAUUAGCUACCAGUUUGGUACAUCCGAGUAUUAUGAACAGCUGAGCUGGAUAAUGUUCCAAGUUGGAGGUGUUGGGCCAAUGCAAGGUCAAGCAAAUCAUUUUCGCCUCAUGGCAGGAGAAUAUUCCCAAUAUGCUAUUGACCGGUACAUGGCUGAGACUCGGAGGUUGUAUUCCGUGCUGAAUGAAAGGCUUGGGGCAUCUCCUUGGCUAGCUGGUAACAAGUAUACUAUUGCCGACAUUUGCAACUACGGUUGGGUUCGAUACGGACCAAUUGCUCUUGGAAUAGACCUAGAUGACUUCCCCCAUCUAAAGCGGUGGCACGAUGCUAUUCACGGAAGGACGGCAGUCCAGAGAGGCCUAAAUGUUCCACGAGUGGUUCCGGAUGAGCAGUUAAGGGAGAGGUAUAGACUCAUGGAAGAAAAGACAACUGCUCUUCAAAGUUGA